UGGCCAGCAACCUGAAGCACCGCGGCGCUGUACCCCCUUUCGCAGCCGAGCCCAGACUGUGACCAGCAACCUGAAGCACCGCAAGUUCGCAACACGGAAAGAGAACAGGGAAAAUGCACUCCCCGCUCCUUGCGCUCUUGGCCGUCGUCGCCGUCGCCGUCACAUCCGUCGCGGCGGCCCCGGCGCCAGCCUCCCAGGCCCCAGCCCAGCCCGCCUGCGCCGCCGUCCCCGAGGCCUUUUGGGUCUGCUCGUCCGACUGCCUGUACAAGCAGUGCCCCACCGGCGACACCCCGUGCUUUGAGGCCUGCGAUGCCGAGUGUAGUGCGUCCAGCCCCCCUUUAACCCCUGGUGGCGUGUCUUUCGUCGGGUGUGCUGACUCGAUGGGCCGCAAACAGAGGCGCAGUUCGUCCCCGACUGCGAGCCGGGUAUCUAUUAGCGGACUACAAGAUUUGGGGGCUAGAGAGAGUCUCGGGUUACUAUUAACUGCCGUCACACCUAGCCUACGACGGAAAUGGCGCCUUUAGCCUGGGUUGGGAUUUAGUCGGACUGCCCUUGAUUAAAAGUAAGACGGUGGAUGCUUUUCCUAAGUACGUUAAUGAUGAGGA